AGUUACGUCACAUGUUUAUGUUUUUCCCGCCUAGUGAAACAGGGGUUCGUUGUUACGUAAAGAAAUGAGAAAUCAUGAGCUGUAACGUUUCCAGUGGCGAGCCCAAGGUCUCGCCAGGAACUAGCUCAGAGGUGGCCAGCCAUGACGACCUGGAGGACCAGGGCUGGGAAUACAACCAGACGGACCUGGAAAUGCUGAUCAAGGACGACAAGAACGAUAAUUCAGAGACGACGACUUCCGGUACUCCGGGGACCCCGCAGCAGGACUUUAUAGCUCCACCGGAUGUACCGGACACAGAAGCCAUGUGCAGGCCGAGCGAGAGUGCGUCCUUCUGUCGCAUAUGCCAGGACAACGAAACAACACAAGAGCCCAUAUCAUGUACAGAGUGUGGCUGCAAGGGCCAGCUCUCUCUGGUACACCGCAGCUGUUUGGUAGAGUGGGUGCGGUACAGGGGAUCCAACCGCUGCGAGAUUUGCGCCGCCAACUUCAGGUGCGUCCCGGCGCCAGCCCUGGGGUUCGGACUCAGCCAGCUUGACACAACAGAGGCGCUUCAGCGAGAGUUGGCCCAGUACCAACCGCUUUCCCGCCGGAAGCGCUCCACUAUCGCCGGCGUGAUCCUGUUCCUGUUUGUCGUCAGCGGCGUCAUCGGCGUGGUCACCGUGGGCGCCGACGAGGAGUUUCAGACCGUCAACAGCGAUCCGUACGCAUCGGAGGCCGAGGUGAAAAAGACGCACGUUAUGUUCUCCAUAUGCCUAGCGUUCCUAUUCUUCUGCCUCACGCUGACGAUUGGACUGACGCUGGCGUGGUUUUUGCUGGAGCUCUACUUCUACGUCAACAGACGUCGGGUUUACCGGAACACCGCUUGGCAGAUGCUGACGGAGGCACGCAGGCGUUCCGAAAUGUGGCGCUCGACCGUCGUUUAAAAUGGAGCUCAUGUUAUGUUUUUGAAAUUUUCAUGGCUAUAUUAGUUUUAUCCGACACUUUCCGUCCUUCCUUUCCAUUUAAACAUUUUUUACGUUGAGGGAUGAAAUAUAUUAUUAUUUUUUAUCAGACAUUUUUUGUCAUAUAACAUUUAAUUGGCAUUGGACAGUUGCACAAAGACUUUUAUAUUUUAUUUUAAUUUGUCCCUGAAUAAAUCUCUAUACUGAA